CUAAUUGCUUUGAUUAUGUACAAGAGCCUUGCCGAUGUAGAAAUUGGAUUGUUUGCCGAUAUAGCCCCCCCUGUGGUUGCAGACGACGAUAUCUUGUAUGUGGAUCGCCGACUUCAAAAGCUGGACAUCCUAGCAGGCAACCAUUUCACAUCAAACAUUCAUUGGACGCAUCGAAGGCUGUCUGGAGCUUUUCGGAUUCAACUGUUGCAUUUUAGAAGUAUUAUUACUGUAUUUCAAGUAGUACUAUUAGUGUUAUCAUUAACUAUUUGCGUCUGUCUUUGGAAAUCUAUUGCAAGGAUAUACCUGGUAGCUAUAAUUCAACGAGAUUGUCACAUCCAGACAAUUGAAUCAAAUUUUGAUUUGAGAGACAAAACUUGGUUCCUAAUGCGGAGAGGAGAUGACCAGCGGUACCGGGUUGGUGCACCCGGGGACCUCGGGGAGGAAGCACUACAGGAGGCUUUACUUGCUCUUGUAGCAGCUAACAACCUUUCUGAAGCUGAGACUGCAAUAAAAGAGACCUAUGGCUGCUGUUUCACUAAUACGAUGGAUCUCAUCCUAUACUUACAAAGUAGCAGAACAGAGCAAUUAACAAGUAAAGAUGGGCUAGCUGGAGCUCUUCAUAGUGUUCCUAAGACGGGUAUUACUGGGAUCUGUGUGGAGCAGAAACAUGGGGAUAUUCUACACAUCUUGGCUGAAGACGAUCCCAUAUGUGGUCUCCUGCAGGGUACAACUCUACCUCUCUCUCAGAACAAAAGAGUGGUUUGUAGUACAGUCACAGAGGAGGAAGGAAAUGCUGUGGUUUGUUUAGCUGUGGUAAGUCCAUUACAUAUGUUACUUGUUCAUUUUCUUGUCUUGCUUUUGCCUCCCUAACAAGAGUAAGU